AUGAUGUCUUCCCGGGACCUCUCUCAUUAUCCCCCUGCCGAGUCUGGUCCGACACGCCCCCUCCGUUACCGCGACGACCCAUCAGUCUGUCCCGCUGUGACAGGGGGGCGGUUCUCUCUCAUUCCGACGGGACAGGUCCAUCACUCACGGGCCGGGGCUAACACCAAGCUGCGCCGCGGAAGAGGCCGUCGGCGUGGCCUGCGGGCCGGGAGCCGAGAUGGAGCUGUCUGUGCGAUAACGGCCUUUGAGCGGGCGGAGAUACGGCGGCUAUGGACUUCAAACCGGAGCACCAGGAGGAAACCGGAGCACCAGGAGGAAACCGGAGCACCAGGAGGAAACCGUAGCACCAGGAGGAACCCGGAGCACCAGGAGGAAACAGGAGCACCAGGAGGAAACCGGAGCACCAGGAGGAAACAGGAGCACCAGGAGGAAACAGGAGCACCAGGAGGAAACCAGAGCACCAGGAGGAAACCAGAGCACCAGGAGGAAACAGGAGCACCAGGAGGAAACCGGAGCACCAGGAGGAAACCAGAGCACCAGGAGGAACCCGGAGCACCAGGAGGAAACCGGAGCACCAGGGGGAGCACCAGGAGGAAGCCGGAGCACCAGGAGGAAACCGGAGCACCAGGAGGAAACCAGAGCACCAGGAGGAAACCAGAGCACCAGGAGGAAACCGUAGCACCAGGAGGAAACCGUAGCACCAGGAGGAAACCGGAGAACCAGGAGGAAACCGGAGCACCAGGAGGAAACCAGAGCACCAGGAGGAAACCAGAGAACCAGGAGGAAACCAGAGCACCAGGAGGAAACCAGAGCACCAGGAGGAAACCGGAGCACCAGGAGGAAACCGGAGCACCAGGAGGAAACCAGAGCACCAGGAGGAAACCAGAGCACCAGGAGGAAACCAGAGCACCAGGAGGAAACCAGAGCACCAGGAGGAAACCUACACAGACACAAGGAGAACAUGCAGAAAGGCCUGGAGGUGGAAUAGAUUAA